AUGGCGUCACUUUGUAUCGACUAUCUGAAUCUUCCCAUAUUUGUGGGCUCAAUUUCAGGCGAUGCCGCCCUUCGCGGUGACUAUGGUUUCAUGGAAUACGCUGCUCUGUACUGGAUUCGGCAUUUGGAAGGGGCAAUCGCGGAAGCGAAGAGAAGAAUCGCGAAGACAAAAUUACGAGAGACCCAGCAACCCGAGGACAGCGAUGACAGCGAAGCUCCUUUUGCCUAUCCAACCUUACAGGAAGAUGAAUACUCGCGUAUUAUGUCUCCACUUGCCGAAUCACUCGGCGUCUUUAUUGAUCAUCACUGGACAUCGCCAAAAUCUUAUCUCACAGUUUCCGACCGGAACAGAAAGAAUCUCCAAGUAUUCGAGCCCUGGUCCUUUUACGAAGAGUUACAGCAAAUCUAUGUAUCGACCCGGAAGCAGUUGCAUUCUUUUGGGCCCCUAAAAAAGGACGAACUUUCAACGGACAUAACGGAUGUUAUUGAACAGGUCCGGGCAGUAAUUGAAGAUUCAUUCUCGAUGUCUCAGGGCUCUGAUCCACCCAAGGAUAUGGUGGAGAGAUAUGGUCAAGGUCCUUACCGAUGUGCUCGCUUCAGCUGUCGCUCAUUCACCUUCGGGUUUCUGACGCCGGAUAAGCGAGAGAAUCAUGUCGCAAGGCAUGAGAGGCCACAUAGGUGCAACGACGAAAAAUGCGAAAACGGCUUUGAUAUUGGAUUCGCGUCUCUUGCUCAAUACAAAAAACACAUGAAGGACUACCAUCCGGACCUCUCUCAGCGAGACCACGAGUUUCCCACGGACAAGGAGAUACAAUUGAGCAUUCGCGCUAAAAAUACAGAAUCGCAAGCGCAGGCCGCAAAAAAAACCACCGACACGACCACUAAGGAUAAUGCGGCACCUCAAAGAACUGCAGAAGUUGUAUCUGAUGGAGAUGAAUCCUCUACUGCCGCAUCAGAGCCCGAGAUCCGACCUCGCCCAGCCCCUAAAAAGCGCAGCAAGGACGACCUGAAAUGCACAUACUGCCAAAAGGAAUUCACAAGACUUUACAACCUCAAGUCUCACCUCUUGAUACAUCAAACCAAUCUCAGGUUUCCUUGCGAAGAUUGCCGACGAUCUUUCAUUCGGAAGAGUGAUCUCAAUCGUCACAUGAAAUCUCACACUGGGGAAAAGAAGUGGGUUUGCGGGGGAUGUGAUACAGCUUUUGCCCGAUCAGAGACCCUAAAAGCCCACCAACAACAGUCGAAAAAGGGCCAGGCCUGUCUUGAGGACCUCCAAAGACGACAGCAACAACAGAUGGAAGAGCAAGAUUUAAUUCUGCCUUCAAUCUCCUCUUUCCUUCCGAAUUGA